ACCGUAGGCCGCGACCGCACAAGAUGGCGGAGGGCGACAACAGGAGCAGCAACCAGCUGGCUGCAGAGACAGCCAGUUUGGAAGAACAGUUGCAAGGAUGGGGAGAAGUGAUUCUGGUGACGGACAAAAUCCUUCGCUGGGAAAAACCUUGGUUUCCCCCUGCUAUCAUCAGUGUGGUGUCCUUCAUUUUCCUGAUGAUUUACUACUUGGACCCAUCGGUUCUUUCAGGAGUGUCUUGUUUUGUGAUGUUGCUUUGUUUGGCUGACUACCUGGUACCUGCUCUUGCUCCUAAAAUUUUUGGAUCCAGUAAAUGGACUACUGAACAGCAGCAACGCUUCCAUGAAAUCUGUAGCAACCUGGUGAAGACACGGCGCAGGAUCGUUGGUUGGUGGAAGCGCCUGUUUGCGUUUAAGGAAGAAAAGCCUAAAAUGUAUUUCACAACGAUGCUGUGUUCGUUAGCUGUGAUUGCUUGGAUCGGACAGCAGGUUCACAACCUCUUCCUCACCUAUCUUAUUGUGAGCUUCUUCCUAUUGUUUCCGGGAUUGAACAAACAUGGGAUUAUUUCAAAAUACGCUGGGAUGGCAAAAAGGGAGGUCAACAAACUCCUGAAGCAGAAGGAGAAGAAAAACGAAUGAACCUCUGCCUGCUGCUGCACUCCACAGUAUAAUGUGUUCUGGGAACAAUACAUUAGAAUUAUUGUGUGUUUAGUAGAAUAGCAGCGCUUAUUUCAGUCAUAGCCUUUUAACUGUAAAAUGGGGUUCCCUCUUUUUUAAAUAGGAUCUGUGUAGUUAUUCAACCACACAGUCCAGACAGU